AACUCCAGGAACAUGAAAAGAUCGGGUGACAGUGAGGGGGAGAAGAGAAGAAAGAGGCGGAGGCUCCUUCAGGAGUUGGGGGAUCAGAAGAUCCCUUUUCUGGGACCUCCAGAUCGGGGCUAUCAGCAACUUUGGGACUCCAGUUAUUCUGGUCUGGUCCUGAGGAAAUCCUGCUCACUGCCUGCUGAGCUCCAUGGCCGUGUGCAGGCAGCUCUGCUCACCCUGAGAAGGAAAGGCUGCCUCCUGAGGGACUUGGUUCGCGUCCGGGACAGAGACGUAUUCACUGCCGUGUCCCGGGCUCUUCUUGGUGAACCAGGCCACACCUAUCGCUAUCUGGACACACGGCUCUUUGCCAUUCCCUGGCACAGUGAGGACACAGACACCAAAGCACAAAACUGUUGUGACCCUGACUUAAGGGGUGCUUGCAAGGCACUGUGGGAGCUUAACACCUUCUUAUGCUCCGAUGUGUCUCAGCUGAAAGAAGGAGACAGACUCACACAGGGUGUAAAGGGGGAGGCGGAGGUCAAACAAGGGGAAGAGGGAGACACAGAGUCUAAACACAGUGAAGACUCCAAGAAUAGUGAAGGAGCAGAAUCGGAGUCCCGGCAAAGUGAGGAGGGGGACACUGAGUCCAAGCACAGUGAGGAGUGGGACAUUGAGUCAAAACACAGUGAAGAAGGUUUUUCUGGGUCAAAACUAGAAGGAGAAUGGGAGACUGAGUCAAAACACAGCAGUGAGGAGGGGGAGUCCUCGCAGGCCAAACCAGGUGUAAUGUGUGUCACAUCAGGGACUGAACACAGUGAAGCAAAGCUCCCUGGAUGGUCUCCCAAAACUGUCAGCAGCACAGAGACUGAACCCCAUGGAGUCCAUGAGAAGCCUGUGACCCAGCUCAAGCACAGUUUGUCAGAUUACCACAUCGAGGACAAGGAGGAGCAGCCAGGUGGGCAGGGCUGUUCCCAUCCCAGUCCUCUGCAGGUUUGCACCGGUCCUGUCAAGUUCAAUGUCACCUUACUCAACUACAUGGACCCGGCUGCUAUGAGCCAGCUCAAAGAGGAGCCGUACUAUGGCAUGGGGAAAAUGGCUGUAGGGUGGCACCACGAUGAGAAUCUCAUCAGCCAUUCACCAGUGGCUGUUUACAGUUACAGCUGCCAUGAUGACAAAGGUGAGGGCAGUGAAGGAGGCAGCAGUGAGAAAGCAUGCUGGAGGAUUGGGCUCAAGGUAGCCUGGGACAUCCACACACCUGGCCUGAUGCUGCCACUGGAGUCUGGAGACUGCUACUACAUGAGAGAUGACCUGAACAGUACUCACCAGCACUGUGUCCUAGCUGGAGAAACUGCUCGCUUCAGCUCCACACACAGAGUGGCUGAGUGUUCCAGAGGGACCCUGACCUACAUCCAGUCUCAGUGCCAAAAGGCCCUGUUGAACCUGCAUGCCGACCCAGAGACGGGCUCUCACAGCCUGCAGGCCGUGGCACCUGAAACGCUACAGCAUUGUGAGGAGAUUCACAAUGAGGUGGAGUUCGAAUGGCUGCGCCAGUACUGGUUUCAGGGCCAGCGUUAUGCCCGCUUCUGCAGCUGGUGGACCGGACCGAUGGAGCAACUGGAGAAGGACUGGAAGCUCAUGGAGACGAUGACGAUGCUCUUCCUGGCUCAAGUGGAGCAGGAGGGCCAAGCAGGGGAGGGAAGAAGAGAGCUGGCAGAAACCCUGCUGGCUGCCUUGACAGACAGACACCAGCAAAGACAGACGUGGAGAGACAGGUGCCACUCCAGUCUGGCCCAGACAUUACCCCCUGAGGAGGCCCCAGUGGACCGACCCUUCUGGGGUGUGGAUGACCCCAGCAUGCCGCUGCCCUUUGAUCUGGCUGACAUCAUCAACAGAGUGGAGUCCCUGCUCUGGAGGAUGUGAAGGAUGGACAGAGGUUGGGAAAGGAAUAACAAAAAAAUACCCCACCAGCUUUAUGAAUGGCCCCGACAUCACCUUUGGGGCAGACCACUGAACAGUCCUCUGUUGCGAUCCAAGAUUGAUUUCUUUUUGAUUGGGGCAUGGAUAUCCACCCACCUCACCACCAACCCAGACCAUCUCAGCCCACUGCACCUUGGAGCUGGCAGGAAGGAAACCAGAGCACCACAAUAGUAUCACAAUAGUGCUUCAGUAACAUCGCUAACAACGCUAGCAACGCUUAGCAGCAAGCUACUAGUGUCACAACGGUCUAAUGAAACAUAAGUGGAACCGGCAUUUCAGUGUUAGCAUACAUGUGUAACUAUUUAUUAUUUCUGUGUAUUCUGUUCCGUAACCUCAUGUAACCCAGAUAUGCUUUUAUCAAUGGAUUGAUUCAUUCUCAGUAGUCACAGUACAGUAGGAACAUAUAUGCUUUCUGUUUGUUACACAGUGUUAUAAUACAGUAUAGAAUGGUAAAGAAAAUUGCUCACAUUGCAUCUACUUGUGUAUAGUAAACCUCUUUAUUGUGUUCAACAGUGGAACAAGCCUGAAGAGACCAAAGAAAGAUUAUAAGAAGAAAGUUAUGAAUGUCACCCAAUGGCGAACAUGAAGAAUGUGUUGUUUAGAGUUUAUGCUGCAGUUGUGUGCUUGUGCCAUAUUGAUGUGUGUUUGUAUGUGUUCAUUUAGCCAUGUGAAUAUACAUGUUGUUGGUUUGUGUGUUUGUGUUAGUGCACGUUCACUGUCCCACUUGUCUCCAUGAAGGAAUGUGUGUAUGAAUGUGAUAGUGUGGUAGUGUGUGAGAGAGAGCCUGUAGGCAGCCUGCCAGUUGUUUGUUCUUGAAGAUACGCAUAUGGAGAAACAGAGAGUAGCAGCGGGGCCCCCUCUGCCUCUGCUCUGAUGAAAGGCAGCACUGAUAGAAUGACCCGGAACACAACCGCCGUUUCUCAUAAUUACAGCUGUUCAAUCGCUUUUAAUUACUCUUAAAGUGUGUAGAGCACCACGUUCCCCUGUAAUGCUGCAGGCCAUCCAAGAAGAGAGGGAGUGAGCGGGAGAAAGAUCCGGAGCUUCUGACAAAAUCCACUUUCAAAAAAAGGUAAAAAAAAAAAAAAAAAAAAAAAAAGGGUGGAAAAGGGGGCCGACGUCAAAGCAGUGUAGCAGCCCUCCUCGUUUGAUUCCUUUCUCUAUCUAGUUCAUGAUGAAGUAGAGACGCUGUUUACUAUUAAAAAUGCAGAAUGCACUCCUUUUUUUCUUCUGAAGUUUUUUCCAAGAUGUUAAUGGUUGCCAAACGCUGUUCUUCUUGCUUCUUCUUUUGCUGCGCCUCUGUUGUUUGUUGUUGUCAGAGAGAUUUGUUUGUAGAUCGGCAGUAGCGUUGACUUGUUUGAAUCACUCUGUGCUCCCUGCGCCACAGCUUGUCUGUCUGAAGCAAUAGGAAUGGCAGUAAAUAAAAAAACAAGUGUUUUAUCCAA